AUGAACUUAUGGGCUACCAUAACGCCAACGUGGCAAGUUAUCGACCAACUUAACUCUUUUUCACGCCAUUCUGUGGAAGAAUUCGCCUGGAACUCUUCGGAUUGGCCUUCCCCACUAGGGCUGACGAUGUAUUUCAAAGUUAUCAGUCGGAUUUCGAGCUGUUGGAUGCUGCGCAAAAUGUGGUCGGUCAACUACACUGGCCAGUAUAUCCGUGCCCUCAUCCAAAAUGGAAAGCGAACUCGGAGUGUCAGAACACAGCCUUGCUAUGGCCCAAGGGGCGGAGGAGGCGGCGCGAGUACCUUUCAGCUUGACCACCACAUGACAGAUAUCCUAUACGGUAGAAUCCUUAUCUGGGAUGGUUUGAGGGUUCCCCCUAUAGCAGUGACGAAUGGGUCCUCGAUCCCAGGCGGGAAUAGGAAGCGAGGCAGUGCAAACACUAGAGAAUAA